AAGGAAAAGAAAGAUCACAAUGUAGUCAAGAGGCAAAAGCCAUUCAUUUCCCUAAAGUGGCUACACACCAAACUAUACCAUAAACUAAAGUCCAAAAAACGAAAGUGCCCUUAAAUUUUCUAAUUACUCUAUAUUAUGGCUAUAUAUAUUAUACUACUCCUCUAUUUUCCCCCCUUCAAAUCUUUAAAAACUUUGGCACUUUUCAUAAUAUAUUUGAAAAGGGACCAUUAAGUAAGCUAGAAGAGAACACAAUGAAAGUUAAGGAGCGUGUGAUCCAAAGAUUUCCUAACAAAAAGCAUAAGACUCAUUUUUUAAUACAACCCACCAUUUUAUUCUCUUAGAAAUUUACUUCUAUACAAACAUCUUCAUCAUAACAACAUCUUUCUUUCAUUAUAUGUUUAUGAAGAAACUUGAGCAACAUUUAUCUUCAAAACCCUAGACAAAAAUGUUGCUAAGAAACUCUAUAUCCAACACCAAGAAGUUCUUACAAAAAACUAUAGACAAUUUCAAGUCUUUACUUUCUAAAAGAAGCACAUAUCAAAGGCUACCUAAAACACCUCCCUUACACAAUCUCUUCUCUUGUGGCCGCGAUUCGGAUGAAAUGGACGCAAAUGCAGGGUACCAUACAGAGUUAGAUCAUUUCUACAGCGAGUUCACUAAUCAAUGGGACUCGCAUAAGAGGAAGGUAAAGAAGAAGGAUCACUGCACUUACAAUGGUGCAAGAAUUGAAGAACAUUUCAAGAAUACAGGAAAAGAUGCUGAUUAUGAUAAGAAGGAGAUAAAUAAUGAAGAUAAAGGAAAGGUAAUAAAGAGUAAUAAGAUAUUGUUAAAUGUGAGUCCAAGGAUUAUGAAGAAUAAUGACAUUUGUUCUAAGAGUGUAAGAGAAAAAAGGUUGUGUUUUGUAGCAGAGAAGUUGAAGGAAUUUGAGAUGAUUGAAAAUGGUAAUGUUGUUAAUCAAAAUAAGCGUGAUUAUGAAGAGUUUCUUCAUUGUUAUUCUCGAAUUUCAUGUCCUGCUUACCUUGACAUAGUUGAUAAGUUUUUUAUGGAGAUGUGUAAAGAGUUUUCUGGUUCUCAAGCAUCUUUGCAAGGUUAACUGAUGGUUUUAGACAAUAAUGCAUAAGUAGUUUUGGUUUGAACACAUUUGUCUUGUUGAUUAGUGUUUUUUUAAGGUUAAUUUUCAAUAAUGAUCAAUUCAUCAGAGUGUUAUUUUUUA